UUGUUUUAUUCACAUCAGAAGAAGUUCGCAAUGGUACAGUUGAUAAACCACUACCAUUCAGCAGUUAUUUACCAUUUGAUAAAAACUACUACUAUGGAACUAGUUUUACACUUCAUUUCUUUGCUGGUGUUAUGGGUGGAUUCCUCACUGGCACUACAGAUAUCUUUUACUGGGCGUUAAUGAUUUUUGCCAUUGGACAAAUCAAAAUUUUACAGUACAAGUUUAAAAAUUUAGGUAAACAUGCUCUGGCGCUAAUGGACAAGAGUAAAAUGAGCAGUGAUGAAGCCGUUAACCAUUGCAUGAAGAAAUGUAUCAUUUUACAUCAAAUUAUUAUCAAUUACGUAACGGAUGUGGACGACUUGAUGAAGCCGUUGAUGCUGAUGGAUUUUGCAAUUUGCUCCAUGUUAAUUAGCGUGGUUGGAAUUCAAGUUAUCGUCAGUGGAUUUGGCAUUGCACAGGUUUCUAGUCUUCAAUAUUUGUCAAGUAUAAUGGGGCAGUUAUUUUUGUUUUAUUGGCAUGCAAAUGAAAUAAUUCUUGAAAGUUUAGACGUGUCUAUUGCAAUUUGGGAAGGACAAGUCUAUUCGUAUCCGUUAAAUGUACAAAAAUCAUUGCAAUUUGUUAUGCUGCGAGCGCAAAAACCAUUGACUUUGAAUGUUGGACCAUUUUAUGCGAUGUCUACUACAACUGCACUUUCGGUUUUACAAGCGGCGUAUUCGUAUGUUGCUUUGAUGCGUCAAGCGUACAGUUAAAUGAGAUUUUGAAAGAUUUAAUAUUAAAAAAAUUAAUAUUAGGCUGUAUGAUUUUAAAUGUAUGAAGUAUGUGGGAAAUUAUUUUUAUAUUUUUAAGCACUUUAUGAUAAAUUAUAUUUGUGUGCAAUUAAUUACAUUUACUUUGUGUUUUGCACCUAUUCAGAAGUGCGUUUGAUAUUAUUUCAUGUUAUGCCAAUAGUUACGAAACGAUCGUUACCACUAAAAAGGAACUGUUGAUGUUGACAUAUUUUGUAACAUGUUACACAUAUAAUAUUUCCGAAAUUAACAUAUUUUGAUUUAAUUUAUAAUUUUUAGUACUAAUAUACU